AUGCUGGUUCCAAUCCUGAUAAUCGCUGCAGUCACGGGCUGCUCCGGAUACUCUCUGGGCACGGGAGUUCAGGCAACGGGCUGCACCACCUGUACGCUCCCACCGGCCACCGCUCCCUGCAGCACUUGUCAGACAGCUCCUCCGGCUCCACCGAUCACUAUGCCAGCAGCUCAAUGGGGAGAGUGGGGAGCUUUUGGACAGUGCACGGUAUCAUGCGGUGGUGGUCGACGUACCAGACAACGUGUCUGCAGUGGCGGUUGCAGUAGCUGUCAGUGCCUUGGUUCUGCUGUCGACAUCCAGUCCUGCAACACAGCCCCAUGUCAGCAGAUACCUUAUUACGACCCACCUGUAACUCCGGCGCCGUGCACAACCUGCCAGCAGAUACCCCACUACGAUCCACCAGUCACUCAGGCGCCUUGCACGACCUGUCAGCAAAUACCGCGUUACGAUCCACCCGUCGUGACUCCAGCGCCCUGCACAACAUGCCAGCAAGUACCUCACUACGAUCCUCCAGUCACUCCUGCUCCGUGCCUCACCUGCUCGCAGUACCAGCAACCGGCUCCCUGUCUUACCUGCUCUACUCCUACACCAUACAUUCAGCCGGCUCCCUCAUCAUGUACGACUUGUGGGACGAAUUUCCGAUACUAUGACCCCUAUAACAAUGCUGGUCGUAAAGAAGAGGUCUCAGCAAGACACUAA